AUGCCAGAUUGCUUGGAAACGGGAGAAAAACCGUUUGUUCAUGACAUGAAUGCCCAGGGCAUACAGAAGCCAGAAGAGGGCAAUGGACCCCCUGGAACUGGAGGUGUGCAAUGUUGUAAAAUUCUCCAAGGAAAAAGUCUCAUAAGUAUCUCCUGUGAGUCUCGUGCUAAGCUUUAUGCCUGCUAUGGAGUGAUCAUUGUCCUCAGUGUAGCUAUAGUUGCUCUUUCUGUUGCUUUGUCAGGUAAAAAGACAGAACAGAUCACAAUCAAAAAUACCUAUGCUACUUGCCCGCAAAACUGGAUUGGAUUUGGAAAUAAAUGUUUUUAUUUUUCUGAAUACAAAAGUAACUGGACAUUUGCCCAGGCCUUUUGCAUGGCACAAGAGGCCCAACUAGCUCGGUUUGACAAUGAGGAAGAACUGAAUUUUCUGAAGAGAUACAUGAAUUCUUCUAGCCACUUGAUUGGACUACACAGAGACUCGUCAGAGCACUCUUGGAGGUGGACAGACAACACUGAGUAUAACAGCACGUUUUUGAUUCAAGGAGAUGGAGAAUGUGGCUUCCUGAGUGACAAUGGGAUCAGCAGUAGCAGGGACUACAUAACUAGGAAGUGGAUUUGUAGCAAGUUCAGCAACUACACCUUACAGUGCUAGUAGUUUUG